UGCUAUCGCCCAGGGACUGGCCCGUGGGCCAAUGGAGGAGAGCUUUGCGGUUGCUGAGGAAACCCCCAGCGGCAAGAUGGCAGCCGCGGGCGGAGGGAGCCCGAGCUCCGGCCCGCCGCUGCGGGACCCACCGAGCCGGCCGCCACGGGACGGUAAUGGCUGCAGGCCGGGGCCGGGUCUCCGUCCGCGAUGGGGGGGGCGGUCGCCGCGCGCUCUCGGCCCCAAGCGCAGCCGGCAGCCCCCGGGAAGCCCCGGCGCCCCGACCCUGGGAGGGGGGCGCCCCCGCGGGCGGGCGGGGUCCGAGCCCGGGGCGGCGGCGCCCGCCGGCUCCUGGGCAGCGAGCCGGGAGGCGCCGUUCGGAGGCUGGGCGGGCGCGGCUCGCAGACCCGAAGAACCGUGUUCGGGCAGGGCCCGAGCUGCUCUGCGGCAGAUGCGGGAGUCUGGCGACGCCCACGCCUCCCACGUCGCCCGGCGGGGGCGGGCGGGGGCGGAGGGGACCCUGCCGCCCCCGGCUGUGAGCGUGGAUUUUGUCCCGCGGGGGCGAGACGCCGCUGGGGAAUUCCUGCAGGAAACGGCAGGGCUGGCGCCCCCGCCCCGCCCCCGGCAACCGUCGCCCCUCCGCGGGCCGCGGCCUCUCGGGGCCCUGCGCUCGCGCAUGCCGCCCCGCGCCCUCAGGGCCCAGAGAGCCGCCCCAUCCGUCGGCCGGUCACCCGUGGCACCACCCGCUCACCCGUCGCUCUCUUCCCGACGUUCAGGUUACGGUGUCUAUGUGUACCCGAAUGCUUUCUUUCGAUAUGAAGGAGAAUGGAAAGGAGGGAAGAAACACGGCCAGGGGAAGCUGCUGUUUAAAGAUGGGAGUUAUUACGAAGGCGAGUUUGUGGACGGGGAGAUCACGGGAAAAGGCUGCCGGCUCUGGGCCUCAUCAGGGAACACCUAUUCUGGACAGUUUGUUUUGGGAGAGCCUCAAGGACACGGCAUCAUGAAGUACAAAGCUGGCGGACGUUAUGAAGGGGAGUUCUCCCACGGCCUGAGAGAAGGACAUGGGCACCUGGUGGACCAGGACGGGCAGGCCUACUGGGGGUCGUUCCAUGAGAACAAGAGGCACGGCCGGGGGCACAUGGUCUUCCGGAACGGUGACAAGUACGAAGGCGACUGGGUCCGGGACCAGCGUCAGGGGCACGGGGUGCUGUGCCGAGCCGACAGCUCCACCUACGAGGGGCAGUGGCACAGUGACGUCUUCAGUGGCCUGGGCAACAUGACCCACUGCUCCGGGGCCGUCUACCACGGGAUGUGGAUCAAUGGCCACCCGGUGGCACAAGCCAAGAGGAUCGUGAUUUUGGGUCCGGAGGUGAUGGAUGUGGCUCAGGGGUCUUCCUUCACGUUGAACGUCCAGCUGCAGCAGGACAAUGGGGAAGUGGCCAGGAGCGAGGAUGGCCGGGUUUUGAAGAUCUCAGCCGGCGUCAGGUAUGUGCAGCUCCCGGCCUACUCAGAGGUCAGCUUCUUCAAAGUGGACAAGGACAACCGAGAGCCACCCAUCCAGACCCCAUUUGGGUUUGACUGCAUUGCCUAUCCUCUGUGGAGUCCCAAGUCCGGGGGCCUGGAGCCCAGAGCUGCCCUGGAAAGUGCCGGAGAUCCGCCGCUCCUCACGGGGGACCUGCCAUCAGACACCUCUCGGGGCCAGAGGGACAUGCCCAGUGGCCUUCCCGUUCACUGUGUCCGGGGCCGUGACUCCUCCCACACAGCCUGAUGCAUCAUACAGCCUUCAUCUUACUGGGGGGAGCGUUUGCAUUACCCGAGGCAGCCCAGCCGAGCAUGGCCAUGGGGUCCCGCCUGGUCACCUGUGCCCGCCACCGCCCCAGGAAGCUGCACCAGAUCCUCGGGGACCACGGCAAGCUCAGUAAACAGGGCUCAGGGGUCCCCAUCGGGCAAAUUCACGUGCACGUUAGCUGUGGGGGCCUUCACGCUCUUCUCGGCCCUUUGAAGGGGGGCCCGUCCCCGCAGUUAGGAUCCCAGCCCUGGACACCGCAGACGGGUGCUUCAGAGUCACAGAGCAGGACAGGCGGACCCGGAGUGCUGCGACAAGGCCCAUGGCCAGACCCGGGCCUGGGCCCUCGCUGCGGGGAGCCCCAUGCCGGAGGGGCAGGCGGGGGCCCUGAGGCUCGUGGGGUGGAGCCCUGGGGGGCCUGGCCACGACCCCUCGUCUGCUUCCAGCCCAGUUUAUAGAAGCAAUUUUACACUGCAGGGCAGAAGAGUUCUCAUAUUUCCGCGUAAAAACACUCUCUGGGCGCCACGCCUUCCACCGGGAGGGAUUUCAGAGCCUGUAAUGAGGUCUCCGUGGAAACCAGGCCCGGAAAGCGGGGCCAUGUCUGCUCCUUGAUGUUUGGUGCAGGCGGCCCGGGCCUGGCCCACUGUGCAGGUCUGGGGGGCUCACCGCUCGGGGAGCGGGCCUCACCCCAUGCUCGCGGGGCUGCUCUCAGGCUGCCAAAACGUUCAGAGAUGUUUCUAGCUUUGCUAGGAUGGGGGUGUGGUGCCGCAGAAAACUAUCUUUGGAGAGACCAGGGGGAACAUGCCCUUGGUUUUGUGAGAACGCUCCGCACUCAGGUUUGAGCUCCGCAGGCAUCCCAGCUGCCUGUUGGAAGCUCUGCAGCCGAACCCGAGGCCCCCGGUCCUUGGCCAGGUGCGUCUGGGGGCUGACGCCAGACGUGGGGUUGCUGCUUCUCUGCCCUCUUAUGGCUGAGCCUCUCUGUGCAGGCCUCCUCUUCUGUAAAAUGACAAGCGACCUCUGCCCCCAAGAUUGCCAACCCCAUGGUGAGCCCGUCCUGUCCCCUCACAGGGUGGCACUCCAGCGACCUGCACACCUGCCCGGGGGUCAGGAAGGGUCCCCUGUGCUUCUGCUCCUCUCAUGGGGAUCGGUCCACCCCCGAACGCUCUGGAGGACAUUCACACUGAGUGUCCUGUCCCCACAGCUGCCCCAGAGCACCCCUCGCCCGGCCGGUGCCCGAGCCUCCGGACGUGUUGGCGGGAGCCUGGGUCUGCUCUGGGUCACGGACACGCGGGCCGGCGCUGUCCUCUGGUGCCUUCUGCCAAGAGGGGUGAAGCCGUUGUAAAUGUCAGCUCUGCCGCGGGUAGGAUAGGGUCAGCCAUAAGCAAGAGAAAACCCGCAUGAUGAUAGCUUAACCAAGGGAGCUUGCUGCGUGGCGUCUAGGAGGCUCCAGCCGUGGGGCAGCCCAGCAGUGCGCGAGACCCUCGUGCCGGGGAGAAAAACCCAGAAACGGCCCCAGGGAGACCUGGAGCUGCUUGGGUGGGAAGCAGGCAGGCUUUCUCUCGCUCUCUCUCUUUUUUUUAAUGAAGUGGCUUAUUCUGUGACUAUAUGGGGAUAGAUAUCUUUAACUCGUAAGUUCUCUUUCCCCUUGUCCUAAAAGACGGCAAAAUGUGUGACAUUCCAUGGCAGCCCCCACGCGCACGGGGAACAUAAGUCAGGAAUCUUUCCCUCGGACGAGUGAACGUCUGUGUUCUCAAAGCCAAACCGUAAACCGUGUCGUUCUCACUCUUAUUGCUGGCCUGGCGCAGCGCUUUCUCGCAUGGCUCCCGGAUCCCGCCUCUCUUCCUUCUGCCAGACCUUCACCAAGGACCCCUGAGCCCCGUUCAAGCCUGCAGCGAGCCAGGAGUUCCAGCCAAGAGUUACUGCGUCUGCCUACCUGGGUGACAGCCACAUGCGCCGGCCUCGGGGUGGGGAGGGUGGCACCUGCUGAAGCCGCCAUGGGCACUUGCCGCUGCAUUUGAAAGUCUUGGGGAGCACCCACUGGUGGCCCCCAGCCUGCAGCCAGGACACACGGACAGGCCUCCGAAGUGCAGGGCAGAGACCGCAGCCCGGAGGGUUUCAGGCCGAGAGAUCAGUCGAUACAUGCCUAAAAUAGAUUGGGGCAGAACAUGUCCCAGGUGACUGUCCCUCUGGAAGCCCUUCCUGUGUCCCCGAGCAGGGAUUCCACUGAAAUGUUCUCCCAGCACACAGACUCCAAGCCCAGGGUUUCCCGCUCAGCCCUGGGUCACAGGCGCCAUUGGACGCCCUCCCAUGACCGAGCACGCGCCACCACACAAGCAGGCAGGAGCCCGGCUCCCGCUGAAGCCUCAUCCCGCAGCUGCGCUCUUGCUCACCAGGAGCACCCCCACCCCAGGUCCAUGCUCCCGAGCGCACCUAGGAGCCUGCUUCUGACAGCAGAGCGGUGGCUUCGACCCCACCGAUGUUCACGCCCACGUGGACGUUCAGAGGCAGGGGCGAUGGCCCCGUGAUCACCAGGGAUCCCUGUUCUCAUUGCCUCUUCUCCUCUGUGGUCCUUCCUGCACCACCUCGUGGCCCCAGGGGGUUGCACAGGGGCCAGUCAUCAGGCCCCUAUUCCCGGCAGUGGGAACUGGAAGCAGAGGGAGCACGGCUGGUCCCUUCUAAGAAGCGUCCCUUCCAGGACACCCCGUCGUUCACCCCUCGUUGGCCAGAACCUGGUUACGUGACCAUAGCAGGCCACAAGGAGACAAGAAAUACAAUUUGCCAGCCAAGAUCAGGUUCUGUUACCAGAGAAUGGAGAAUGGAUAUUUCGUGUCAUUCAACCAUGCUUGCCUGAGGGUCUGGAAGCCACAGGAGCGAACCCACCUUCAGCUCACAGCCGAGAGCAAGGCCCUGGGCCUCCUGCCAUCUCCAGGGAGGGACAAGGCAGGUGCCCUCCCUCUACAUCUCUUUGUAGGCAGUGUCUCCUGCGCGAAAGCACCAUGUCCCCCUAUCUCAUGCCCCUGUCCCACGACAGGGCUGUAAGGCACAGAUCAAUGGGUCUGGUACAACUGGGGCUGGAGGUGAAGAAGCUUAGUCUGUCAGACCGAUGGGAAGUGUGGGAGAUGGGGUCCCACAGCAUCAGGAGCUGCUGAGGGCCACAGGGAGCCCCGGCCCCAUUGCCCCUGCCCUGCUUCUCUGUCUCAGGGUCAGCUCACGGUCAAGAAACAGUGUGGGCAACCACCCUGGUCCUGGACAGGGGGUCCCCUUCCCUAACCGAAGGGGUGGGCAAAGGCAGGGCCGGGUGGGGGCCUGGCCACCAGGUCUGCUCCCCAAGCAGCCUUCACGCCGGGCUCGGCAUCACAGAACACCUGGCAGGCCUCCCCUGCAGCCUUGGCUCCUGGGGGUAGUGCUGGGUGCGGGCCCAGAGCCCACCUCACCCCACCCCACCCCUGCCGUCUGUCCCCCCCCGGCCCCGCCCGCCGCGCUCCAAGAACCAAACAGGAAGGAUGCGCCAGUUCAACAGGAUGUCCUUGCCCACCUCACGGUCAGAUCUUUGAGUACUUCAGGGUUUCCUUUCUCAGCGACCAGGAGGUUGGGUGCCAGGGUGAGGAGAGAGGGAAGGGGCUGGAGCUGCCCUACAGGGAGGCAUCGCAGCGGGAAACCAAAGCAAAGCGGCAUUUAACACUUAAAAGCAAGUAUCCAUGCUUCUCCAAGUUCUUAAGCUCGUGUGCCAACACCGGAAGGCACGUGGAGCACAGUCCCCAGCCUGCUGCCCCGCCGUACCCCCAGAUUUCCCCAGCUGCGUUCGCCGGCCCCUCCAGUCACUGAGAACGUGGAGCUGGAUGCCGGCGCCUUCCAGCUCGCGGCCCUCGCCCUCGCCCUCGCCCCACGGGGACCAGCUUCUCGGCCCUUUUCCUCACCCAUCCAACCCACAAUUAAGAAAGUAAACUCUCUAAAAUCUUGGUUUCCAAUUACGCAAAUAAGUAAAACGAAGAGAGAAAACGCUUUCUCUUUCCAGAGGCCCCGUGUCAAUAAUAUGUAAUUGUGAAAGUCAGUAUUCGAUUAUUUUGUUGAUAUGAAAUAGUUCAGUCGCUGAAUUGUUUUAACUUUUGAACAGACGAUGUGCUUUUCGUUGAGAACAGGCGAUUUCAUGGGCGUGGAUGAUCGCCAGGUUUUCUAAACCCUAUUUUGGUGAAAUUACAGCACCCACAUUUUAGUAACAAAGCACAUUGAUGUUAUAUUCAAAAAGAUUUUUAUAUUUAGACGCUUAACCUUUUGUAAUUCCCACCCACAGCUUUAAACGGUAGCGCCCUUUUAUGUUAAUUGCCGUCAGUGGGGUGUCUGCUCGCCCCCUGGCAAUUUAGGCCCAUUGAGCCCUAAUGCAGGUGCUGAUAAUUGCUGCAGGGACAUUGUCAGGCAGCGGAGCCCAGGGGCCCAGACAAUCCCCCGUAAAUUGGAUUUGGGAACCUAAUAAAGCUGUAGCAGGGAGAGAACCUCAGAUUGCUUCUCUCUCUCUCUUUUUUUUAAAUGCACAAAACCCUCCCAGGAAAUGUUCCCAGCUGAUCUGAGUGGUCCCUCUUUUCCAUUUGUUGAACAAAUGGUUUUGAGUAUUCAUCGGAUGGGAUCUACAAAGAAUCAUCCGUAAUUGUAAGAUGAUUUUAAAAAUCAAGGUGCCCUUUGCCGCUAAUCCAAUCGUGACAAUAAAAGUGACGGAAUGGGUAGCAGAGAACUUCUGGAAAUUUCAUUGCCUCUUGGGGUGGUAACAUGUUUUAAUAUGAAUUGUCUAUGGUUAAUUAUGGCAGAGUAGCUGGCAUGAAAGGUCCAUAUUUUUAAAGGGAAAUUUGUGCUGUAAAUUUCUCGUCGAGGAAUCCUACCACACAGAGAGAAUGUCCCUGACAAGAACAGAUACCCCCAUGCCUCCGAGGCCAACGCAGGGAGGACCAGUGGGAUGAACGCAAAAGUGAGGGGGCGUGUCUGCCUGAAACCACGCAUCCGAGGGGUGGGCGGCCACAGGACCUGAGACCACAGCCCCUCUCCCCUUCGGCUCCCUGGUUCCCCUCCUUCCUGCAGCUCCUGGCCUGGGGCCGGGAGCACCUGCCACAGAGCGGGAACCCCAGGAGCACCCACAGGACCCCAGGCAGCAGGUCUCUGGGGGACCCUGCAGAGAAAGGAGAGAGGCAGACAGGCCUGGGCUUCCGUCAGGCUCUGCUGGUGCUGCACCCCGUGGAUGUGCCUCGGGGGGACGGCUGCUCUGGCAGGAGCAAACUCCGCUCUAGAACUAGGCGCAGAGCCAGCUCAGAUGUCGUUCUCACCCUGGCUCUGGCCUCAGAGGCCUGUACAAGGGGGGACCCGGGGGGCUCCCCAAGAUGGUCUCCAUGCCCACACCACAGUGAGGAAGCCCUGCUUGGGGCAGGGUGGGCCCCCUUCCCCAUGGCCCUGGGGGAUUUAGGCCAUCUGCUGGACAGACCCCAGACCGCCGAAAGCCACCAGGCCAGGCAGGGACAGACACUGCAUUCGUGUCCUGAUCUGCCUCGGGUUUAGCCUUUGACUGUUGAGGCACAAAUGGGAGGGGACACAUCCCACCUGCCCAGCUGCCCGUGUGCAGCCCUUCUCCCUCCUGGGACCGGCCAGCAGGGGCGCCUGGUCUCCUGCGGUCAGAGCCCUGCUUGCCCUCACCCUGCGUCUCAGGGCCUCUGGCCUUCUUCUUGUCAGCCCCAGCGCUCUCCAUCCACUGGGAGUGGGCACAGUGCUUGAGUGGGCCCCUGCCCCAGCCGGUAGGGGCAUGGGGCUCUCCUGGUGCCCAGUGUGGCCCCUGGGAUGCAGGAACCACUUCAGGCAGGACACUUGAGGAGGGCAAGAGGCCAGGGCACACCUCGCACCCUGACCUGUCCAGGAUCCCCUGGUGAAGGUUCUGGGGAGGGGUCUGCUU